GUGCUGCGAGCAUCUCUCUCUCUCUCUCUACCUCCUCAUCUUUCUAGCAGUUGAUCACUGCAAUGGAUCUCGCGAAGAAGCGGAAGAUGGACGGCAACGGCGUCGCGCCGUCGGCCCCCUCCGAUCCCGGCCCCGCCCUCACCCGCGGCGAGGGCCGCCGGAUGCUCGAGAGCUUCUCCCAGGACCAGCUCCUCGACCUCCUCCAGGCGGCCCUGCUCCGCCACCCCGACGUCCUCUCCGCCGCCCGCUCCCUCGCCGACGGCGACGCCACCCGCCGCAAGCUCUUCAUCCGUGGUCUCGGCUGGGACACCACCAACGACAGCCUCCGGGCGCUCUUCUCCACCUACGGCGAGCUCGAGGAGGCCGUCGUCAUCCUCGACAAGGUCACGGGGAAGAGCAAGGGCUACGGCUUCGUCACUUUCAAGCACGUGGACGGCGCUCUGGCCGCCCUGCGCGAGCCGAGCAAGAGGAUCGACGGGCGCGUCACGGUCACGCAGCUCGCGGCGGCUGGCAAUUCGGGCUCGAGCACGGGCAAUUCGGCCGAUGUGUCGGACCGGAAGAUCUACGUGGCGAACGUGCCGAUGGACAUGCCCGCGGAUAAGCUGUUAUCUCACUUCCUGAUGUACGGUGAAAUCGAGGAAGGCCCGCUGGGGUUCGAUAAGCAGACUGGGAAAUCGAGAGGGUUUGCUCUGUUUGUUUAUAAGACAGCCGAGGGAGCUCAGGCGGCUUUGGCCGAGCCAGUGAAGACCAUUGACGGGAGGCAAUUAAGUUGCAAGCUUGCAAUUGAUGGGAAGAGGAAGCCGGGUCCAGCUGGUAAUGUUGGACCUGGUAAUGGCCACGCUGAUGCAGUGGGGAUGAGUGGCCCAGGGUCGGUUCCUGGGCAAUAUGGUGGACCCGGGGGAAUGGGGUCCUACGGUGGGUUUCAGGGUCCGCCCGGAUUGGUACACUUGAGUUCGGGCGGGCCUGGGAUGUCGGCGGUGGGCAGUCAGGUUCAUCCCAGUUUAGCUGGUACUGGCGGAUACGGCGGUGGGAUGGUUGCUCCAUAUGGUGGUUAUGGGGGACCAGGAGCAACUGGAUACGGCGGUGCGGGCGGUGCUUUAGGUGGUGUUGGGACUGGUCUUGGUGGUGCAGGUGGUGGUGUAGGCGGUACAAGCGGUGGAUUAGGUACCGCUGGUGGCUCAUCUUUGUACAGGCCUUCCGGAGGGUAUCCAGAAAGUGGACAAUAUGGCUUAUCAUCUGCGUCGGCAUACCCGAGCCAGCAGCAUCAACCAACAGGGACUUCUCCAGCGCCGAGGGUUCCACCAGGAGGAAUGUAUCCGAAUGUGCCCUCCUAUUACUGAGGUGUAUGAGAGCUUGUUGGACGCAGAUGCUUUAAUCAUUCUGGUGAUUGCGUAAAUGAGGACAAUAUAUUCUCUGGUUGAUGAGUGAUUACCUGUGCUUUAGCAGCCGCUUGCUUCAUCUGCUCCUUUAUGCUGUGGAUUAUUGUGGUUGUCCUGGUUGAAGUUAAUUUUAAUUAUGGUUAGUUUACUUAGUGAAGUUGGUACUUGUGCUUUGGGAUCUUGCAGCGUGGAGGGUUGUUUCUGGUGCUUAUAGCAUCUAUUUGCCUUUCCAACGCUAGUUCUGAACCUUUUGACAACUGUUAUGGCACCCUUGUAUUGGCUGCCUCUUUUUGGUGCUUUACAGUGAUUUUGCAUAUUUGCGAUAA